UGCUUCGGUUUGUUGUUAUUUUGCGCGUAUUGCAGUGUACCAAGAAAUAAAAAAAAUCAUCAGUUAAUAACCAAAUGAACGGAAGUCUGAUAUUGUUAAAUACGUUUAUAAGCUAUUACAUUGCUUUUGAUUCAUAAUUUAAAGCUUAGCCAUGGCUUCAGAGGCCGAAAACAGAGUCAGUUUGCUGUGGAACUACUCAACUGCUUUGGAACCAGUUACACAUGCACACAAGUUAUUGAAAUCCUAUUACAUGAAUAUGUGCCGAAAGUUUGCCCGAAAUUCUGUGCAAAUACCCAAAGAAAAAUUUGCCUCUUCCCAAAUGUGUUCUUACUGCGGUUGCUUUUGGAAUGAAAGUGAAUUUCAAAUGAGACUAAAAUCCAAACAUGUAACUAUGAAAGCAAAAACAAAACGCCUUAUUGAGCAACUCAAUAGAAGCAAUAAAGAAGAUGGUCAAUUGAGUGGAAAACAAAGGAAACGAGCCAAAUGGCUACAGAAGAGGGCCACACAAUAUAUGGAAAUGAAAUGUGAACAAUGCGGGCAUAAAUCAAAAAUCAAAAUGGAAAAGCCUAAAAAGAAAUCCAAAGCAACUGCAGCAGAAUCAAAUAGCAAAGCCAACAAUUCAGCGGCAGAGCAAGAAGAUGUUAUAGCAAUAGAAGAGGACAUUAAAACAAAGACAACUAAGAAGAAAAAGAAAAACAAAAACAAAUUGGCAGGGUUAAAACUUCCCCUAGAGGGAAAACAAGAUAAGCAACAAACCCAUAAACCCAACAUAAUCAAAACACCACCACAAAAUCCCAUGCCAUUACCUAUAGCAAAAACACAAGCUCCAAAAACAAUUACUCCAAAUUUACAAUCUCAAAAAUCAAAGAAAAAGAAGAAAACAUCCUCAAACAUAACCCCCACCAUUAGCAAAACAGUGUCAAAGACUCAGCAACAAAACUCCCUGCUGCAACUGGCUGCCCUUCUCAAACAGAGUUCAUCAUCAAGUGAUGGCAAAAGUUCGACACAAAAGAGACUGGAAUCGCUAUUGAAAUAAUUUGUCGUUUUCCAUAUUUUGCGUGAGUUCUUUUUUUAUUUAUUGUCACGAUUUUGUCAAAAUCCAAAUGUGUACCUACCUGCCAUAUCUAGCCAGAUACUGACAUACAAAUGUACUUAUGCGGUUUUGGUACGAUUCAAUUGAACAAGUUGGGCUUUUGUUGGUUCUAUUCGGUUGCGAGAGUAGUACAGUUACUGCUGUUGAUUGUAAUCUGACUUCGGAGCUUAAAAAAAUGCAAAAUAUAACAACAAGGUUAGAUGCAGGCAUUCAAAAAAUUAGAAUUUUAAAUUAAUUUUAAACAAAGCAAAAGAACUGGUCUAAUAAAUUGAAUUUUAAAUCAUAAAA